AUGGCGACGCAAACGAACGGUGUUUCCUUUGCGUUUACGGGCGCGCGCGCGCGUGCGACGACGCGAACGGGUGGGCGAAGAUUUCAGGUCGCGCGCGCGGGGGCGAAAUCGAGCUCGGACGCGCGAGCGGUGAUCGGAGAGAUGUCGGCGGUGAAGCGGGACGCGAAGGCGCUCGCGCCGGGACGCGCGGAGAACUACGCGGCGCAUCGAGAGAGCGCGAACGGGGAUUUUAUCACCCCGGAGUUCGCGCAUUACGCUCUGUGUGGUACCGGGGUCUUGCUCGGGAGUUCGCUGAGCGCGGUGUUGCUGAGUUUAAUACCGACUUUACGAAGCGCGCGGAGGACGCUGGAUGAGGUGGCGUAUCUCGCGGCGAGCGUCAGGGAGGAAGUUCCGGACACGUUGGCGGCGGUUCGAGUGUCGGGAUUGGAGCUCACAGACGUGAUGGAGGAGGUCGGGGAGCUCACGGCGGACGUCGGAGGCGGGAUUCGAAGCGCGGGACGAGGCGUGACGGCGACGGUGAACACGGCGCAGGCCGUGGGGCGGUACGCAGCGGCGGCGAUCCCCGAGAUUAGGCGACGCGCGAAGCCAAUCGCGGGCACUGUGAAGAAUGAGACUAUCAAGGUUCUGGAGGAACGAGCGGAGAUGGAGCCGUACAGCGGGACGAUCAUCAACAGCACGGCGAAUAAGGCAAAGAAGGGGGUCGCCGCGGCUCGAAGCGCCUUGAAAUCCGCCGGCGUUGCGCGAAACGUCGGCAAGUUGUACAAAACGAUCCGUUCGCCGCCAGCGAAGGACAUCAAACCCUGA